AUGUCCGCACAGGACGUCACGUUUGGCGAGUCAAUCCGCUUCUACCGUCUCCACCCGCAUGCGUCUUCUCCAGUCCCCCCGCUGCCCCUCUUUCUAGUCCUAGUGGUCUCCUCCGACACCUCUGGCCUACCUGAGGGGCUUGACAUUGUUGCUAACGAUAUGGCGACCACUCGCCGCUCUCCGCGCGUGGAGACCCCUCCUGGUUUUCUGCCUCGGCCGUCUUUGCCGCCUCCGCAGCGUGUUGCUGUGAACUCCGGUGCUCCUUGGGGUGGUGACAUUGGAGGUGUGGACUCUAGAGGUGCUGGUCCAAGGGUUGCUGAACCUGGGGGUGCUGGUUCUGGGGUGCUAGUUCUGUGGGUGCUGGUUCUAGGGGUGCUGACUCUGGGGGUGCUGCGAGUCCUUGUUGUGAUGGGGUCGUUGGUGCUCCUCCUGCCUGGCGUUGGACCACAGAAGCAGUCUCGUCGACAAGAGACCCUCUCACCGCAACAGCUUCGCGACUGGGUUGUUCGCGUUCGCGCAACAGCAGUCGGGUUGCUGGAGCUUGGAGUACCGGUACUAGAGCUGGAGGUGCUGGAGCUGGAGGUUUUGGAGCCGGAGGUGCCGCUCGUACGGGAGGUGUUGGGGGUACUGGAGCUGCUGGUGCUGGAAGUAUUGGAUUUGCUAUUACUAGAGGUGCUGCAGCUGCUGGUGCUGGAGGUACUGGAGCUGGAGGUGCUGGAGGUGCUGGAGCUGCUGGUGCUGGAAAUGCUGGGGCUGCUGGUGCUGGAGGUACUGGGGCUAGAGGUGUUGGAGCUGCUGGAGCUGCUGGUGCUGGAGGUGCUGGAGCUGCUGGAGCUGCUGGAGGCGCUAGAGGUGCUGGAGUUACUGGUGCUAAAGGUGCUGGAGCUAGAGGUACUGGAGGUACUGGAGCUGCUGGUGCUGGAGGUGCUGGAGCUGGAGGUUCUGGAGGCACUGGAGCUGGAGGCUCUGGUAUCGUGGGUGCUGCGCUGCGACGACCGUUUUUCUACUCGCAGCAGUAGUCGUACCUGCCGCCGCUCGCCUCGGCACUCCUUAUUGCCUGGCUCUCCACUGCCUGCUCCUUCUCCUUACCCUGGCCAGACAGGUUCUCUGGCAGAGCAUCGUGAGCCUGAGUCUCGUCCUGCCUCCCCUGUUUGCACUGUUAGUCGGGCUUGUUGUCCUCGUCCUCCACCUGUUUCCAGCACGCACACCAUGGCACUUCGUCCUUCCUCAAGUCCAUAG